AUGAACUUCUUGCGCCGGUGUUUGGGACCUCCUCCCGCCUCCCUCCCGCCGCGGGCAGCGCCGCUCUCACGGGGAGGAGCCCCCGCAGCCCCGGGGCUGCCGGCGCCCCCAGGCGGAGCUACCGGGCCCGCAGGGAGCCCCGGGAAGCGGCGGACCGCGCAGGAGCGGGGCGGAACGAGAAGAGCCGGCGUUGCCGGAAGCGCGCACAGAGCCAUGCUGGCCCUCGCCGGCUUCCGUCGGCCGCUGGCGGCGCCGGUGCGAGGCGGCGGCGGGGCUAUGCCCCGAAAGGGAAAAGGAGCCGGGAAGGACCCCCCGGGAGCGGCCGCCGCGGCGGGACCGGUGGCGGCGGGCGAGGGAUGCGUGAGGGUGGCGGUUCGCGCCAAGCCCGGCGCCCGCCUCAGCGCCGUCACAGAUGUGACAGCCGAGGCGGUGGGUGUAGCUAUUGCUGCACCUCCCACAGAAGGGGAGGCAAAUGCUGAGCUGUGUCGCUACCUCUCUAAGGUGCUAGAAGUGAAGAAGAGUGAAGUUAUUUUAGAGAAGGGUGGUAAAUCGCGCGAAAAAGUGGUGAAGAUUUUGGUAUCGAUGACUCCAGAUGAGAUUUUAGAAAAACUGAAAAAAGAAGCUUCCAGUUGACCUAAAACAAGAGCAGGAAAUGGGACAAUGCAUCUUGGUAAAUGUACUGAUACUCUUUCUCAUGUAAAUGUGGUCCUGUUCAGCACCUGGAUAAUGACUAGGGAAAGAAACAACUU